UCUCGGAACGUAUCGCGAGAUUUUAAAGAGGCAGGCAAGAUGGCGGCGCUCGCAGCUGUAGAAACUCCGUCAGGGAAAGAUGCGAUGGCUGAAGGGCUCAUGGAUCUGUUAAAACCUGCAGUCCAGCAGCUUGAUCUGCAUGUACAUGCAGUGAGGGAAAGUCAAGUUGAGCUGCGAGAACACAUUGACAACUUGGCAACUGAGCUGUUCAGAAUUAACGAACACCAGAAAGUGGCCCUGGACUUGGAUCCCUAUGUGAAGAAGCUGCUCAAUGCCAGACGCAGAGUUGUUCUGGUCAAUAACAUCCUACAGAAUGCACAAGAACGCUUACGGAGGCUGAACCACAACGUUGCGAAGGAGACGGCGCGCCGGAAAACCAUGCUGGAAACAUCCGGAGCGUUUUCCACUCGAUCUCCUAGCAAGCCGUGACGAGCCGCCGCUUGGGACCGGACGCUGCAUUCCGUGACAUGUUCCUGCGUAUAAGCGGCGGACUGUGCGUAGGAACGGCUGAUGUACAGCACCGUGGCUUGUGUUUAUUUGAAAGCAGCCAAACAGCCUGCUGCACAGCAAGACUGUGUUUGUUUUUUUGUUUUGUUUUUGUUUUUUUGCACUAGAAAAAUCACAAGUUCUUUAUAUGCGUAAUAAUAAAUAAUGAUUACAUUUGAUAUGAUGCAUGCUCAUACAGAAUACACGAGGGUGAGUCAGAAACGGUCCACAUUUCUUAAUGAGGGAAUGCAAAAGGUUGUUGACACUCGGACAAAGUUUAUUGAAAAGCAAGUAGAUUAUGUGGAAUUUUUUUUUUUUUUUUCUCCAAAGGUUAAUUAAUAUAAUUCUACAGCCAGACUGCAGAUAAUUUUUGACUCACCUUCGUAGUUCUCAACUCGUUAGCAGAAAUCUUUCAUAAUAAUCGUAAGCCUGUAGCCAAGGGAGCUAGCUUUAUUAUGCUUAAAUGCUACGUUGUGUAAUACAGAAACAGCUUUUUUUAGCGAGAAAGAAAAGGAAAGAGAGAGAGAGAGAGAGAGAGAGAGAGAGAGAGAGAUACUUGGCCUGGAAUGUAAACAGAGUACAUUCCUGGUUAUAUUUUCUUUAAUAUAACAUCACAUGUUGUUUAAUAGUAAAGAAUAAAACACCGACAGUCGAGCUCUUAAUGUCCCCAUGCCUGAUCAGACGAUUGUUUAUAUGCAGUGUUGGGGGGGCGUUACUUUGUAAAUUACAAAAUUACUCUCAUUAAAAAGUAAUCAGUUACAUUACAGCAUUACUUUCUGAUAAAAGUAAUUAAUCCGAGUUCUUUUCCAUUGCAGAAAAUGAAAACUCUUUUGUGAUUCCUCAUGCAUGUUGUUUAAGUCAAGAUCUUUAUAAUUAUUCUACCAUUAUCACUCAGCCAAGUUUGGCCCAUAAUCUGUUACCUACUAAUACCCCUAUCUUACCUAUGCAGUUUCAGGCGGUGGCCGUAAGUACUGUUCAUCAUGAUUCACCGCAAAUUUUGGCGCUGUGAUUAAGUUUCUAUCUUCUAGUGCCUCGGUCCUCACAUAGUCAAACCGCACAGGUGAGAGGGUGGUAUAACAGAGAGGGGGCAGGUUAUCGGGGCGUGCCUUGUAGGACGACUUUCAAACACACACACACACACACACACACUAACGGAUUGGGAAUGACUGCUGUCUGGCUCACAUUAAAUUUUUGAAAAAAUAACUGAGUACUUAAAUGGCGGACCUAUCGCGUUAUAUUACUCGUUCCAUCAAAAAAGUAAUCCAAGUACUCUAACUCUAACUUUGUAACGCGUUACACCCAACACUGGUCAUGAGAGCGCAUGCUGGCGUGUUUUAUUCCUCUUAUACCGCAGAAAUGUGCCAACAGUUAUUAUUGUUUAUCUAUUAAAAAGAAAACAAUUAAAUAUCUUACUAUUUUUUUCUAUUUGUAUUUACGAUUAGUUUUACCUCAAAGUGUGUAAGUCUUUUCUUUCAGCAGCCUCUUUUAAGUUGCCCUUAGGCCACGUUAACAAGUCCUGAAAAACACAGAUUGCGGUUUCACAUGAUGCAGCGUUCCCUCCCAAAGAUGACGUGCAGCUGUCAGUUAACCUCCGACCGAUCUAGAAAGCAUUGACACUGGAUUCUUUAAGCUCAUUGUACAAUAAACAUCUCCUCACAUGAUGCCUCAAGUAGGAGAGACAUGUGAUUAUUGUUUGACUUUUAAAAAAAUAUAUAUUUUUUUCUUCCUGGUAUUAUGUGCUAUGGCAAUUGUGCAAUUCUGUAUAGCCGGUUAUCAUAGAAACCGUGAUGAGUUAGAAUGAGCAUGUUAAUGUAAACCUGUCAGUUGCAGAGCUGAUUUUGAUGUAGAAAAGUUAAUCAACACCUUUGGAUCCAAUGACCUCCUGGUAAAUGAACGAUUCUCUCUGAAGGAUGUUUGUUUGGUUGAUUUUUAUGUUUUACUUGACGAUGUUGAUGUACAGGUUUGGCACCUGUUAAAUAAAUCACUGAAGUCCAAUUAA